UUUUGUAUACACAGCCAGAGUAUUCAGAGAAGUAAUUUUGACUAUUUCUACCUCCCUUGCCAUUCUAUGAGGUCAAUUCUGGAAGCUUUUUACCUUUUAAAAAAUAUAAGUCGGUCUGAAAUAUACAGAUGUUUUCUGGAAUCCGUUAAGCCAAAUACUAGGACUCUGUAAUGAAUCUUUCAGCGCUGAGGAUUUCAACUGUAUCAGUGGAUUGAAAAAAAGUCACAAUAUGCAAGAGCAAGAGCCAUUUCAUUGGAUGGAAAAGUUUAUAGAAUCCAUAAUGUUUCCUCCAGCGUAUAUUAUGUCACACUUCGGAACCAAUUGUUAAAUGCUAUGACAUGUCUCUAGCAAUCAGAAAAAGGAGCUGGGAAGAACAUGUGACCCAAUGGAUGAGCUUGCAUUUUGGAUCUCUUGAUUCUAAUAUAUUAUGCAGACAUGGCUUAGUAGUUGACAACUUGCAAGCCGGAAUGGAAAAGAAGGAACUUCGGUGUGAAAAUCUGAAAGAAAAAAGUGCUUCCUUGCCAGAUUGCUGUCAUGUUGGAGAGUUGGUCGUCUUCCCCUCGAAGCUUUUCAGCAACGUUUCCAAAGAAUUGGAUGAAAAUGAAAAUCAUCAAGAAGAAGGAGACUUUCUCUCAUUGGAAGCUAGUGUGGAAACUUUAGUCAAUGUUUCUGUUGGAAGCGAUGAUGGCAAUGGUGGCAGCAAGAACACGGACCUCCCUUUGGAGACCAUCAACUGCCAGUUUAUGCCUGUUGAAGAUAAAUUGUUAGCUGAAAAGAAGAGCUUAGAGGAACCUUCAGUGAAGAUCAUCUCAAGAGCAGAAGCAAAGAAACAAUGCUAUCAUACUGCUGAACCAACUGAAAAAAUGAGCACUUCUCAUGAGGGAGCAAUGAAAAACAAUAGCAGAGAAGAAGUUCUCAUACUUGGAUACAACAACUCUCAUGAAAGUAAAGAUGUCUCAAAAGAAAAAAAUUGGGAACCUGCUGUGGAAAAAAGUAUAUUGGAGGAGCAGAUAGUUUGUGGAGCUACCGCCCUACAAUAUGAAAAAUCAGAUGAGAAGAAUGACUGUACUUUAUUCCAUGAUGAAGAUACGCUUUCUCAGCAUCGGGGCAAUGAUGCGAUUAUAAGAGAUUCCAAUCAUUCUCUUGCACACUUACCUGGUUCUCACAUCUGGUCAGAGGAUAAUAAUGUGGAUGUGUGUAAUGUUACAAAUGCUGAGGAUGAGUGCAUUCUGAAUGCACCCUUGGUCUCGGAAGUAUCUGAUUUAAAGAGUAAAACAGUCACAUGCCAACCUACAGACUGUCAAGUUGUCCUGCGCAAAAAAAAGGAAGCCAGAGACCAGGAUCAGUCACGACUGGACUCCAUGAUACUACUCAUUCUGAAACUGGAUCAGCUCGACCAGGAUAUUGAAAAUGCUCUCAGCGAAAGCUCUUCGCCUUCCGGCACAUUGACACAACCACAAAAGCCCAUCCCUGAUUCAGAAUCACUUCCUGGAGGCACAGUCGACAUCAUUGCUGUAAAUAACCAGCAAAUGAACAUACCAUCACCAUCACCUCCUCUACCUCCUACUCUCUAUGGUGCAGAUAAAGUAUUUCCUACUCCAAUGGCUGGUUCUGGAGCAAAACCAAAGAUUGGGGCUGUGCCAAUUAUUACAGAAAAGGUGAAAGCUGAGAUUGAAGCGAAAGAAGCGUGCGAUUGGCUGCAAGCAGCAGGAUUCCCCCAGUAUGUUCAGCUUUAUGAGGAUCUUAUCUUUCCCAUUGACAUCACUGCCGUGAAGAGGGAACAUGAUUUUCUGGACAGAGAUGCCAUUGAAGCCUUGUGCAGGCGUUUAAAUACUUUAAACAAGUGUGCAAUGAUGAAACUAGAAAUCAGCCCACACAGGAAACGGAGUGAAGAUUCAGAUGAAGAUGAGCCUUGUGCAAUCAGUGGGAAGUGGAUGUUCCAGAGAGAGAGCAAGAGGUGGUCCAGACUGGAAGAAUUUAACAUUUUCCCUCCAAAGUUUGAUAUGAAUUCCACAUCCCCGGAAGUGGCUCAUCUUAGCAAUGCGACCAGUCAUGAGAGCAUGCUGAUGGAGCAGAGUGAACAUCAUGAGGUAGCUUCCAUCCACAGCAUGAGUAGCAACAACAGCCAGCCAACUACCUCCCAGAGCGAUGCAGUCACCACCAGAACAAACUCGGUCAUUAGCAUCACCUCUUCAGGAAAACUUGUGGAAAACGAAGGCAGCCUGCCCUCCACCAAAGAGUUAUCCAGUUUCGUUUGCAACGUGAAAGCCAACGAGAAGAACACCAAAUCCAAAACGAGGAGCCUGUUAAAGAGGAUGGAAAGUCUGAAGAUAAAAGGCUCUCAUCAUGGGAAAAGCAAAGCUCCUUCAAAGCUUGGCUUGAUAAUCAGUGGUCCGAUUUUGCAAGAAGGGAUGGGCGAAGAGAAACUGAAGCAACUUAAUUGUGUGGAGAUCUCCACCCUCAACGGCAACCACAUCAAUUUCCCGAUGGUUCGCAAAAGAAGCGUUUCCAAUUCCACGCAGACCAGCAGUAGCAGCAGCCAAUCGGAGACGAGCAGUGCGGUCAGCACACCCAGUCCCAUCACAAGGACACGUAGCCUGGGCGCCUACAAUAAGCGCGUGGGGAUGUACCUAGAAGGCUUUGAUCCUUUCAACCAAUCAACAUUUAAUGAUGUCAUGGAACAGAACUUUAAAAACAGGGAUAGCUUUGCAGAAGACACGGUCUUUUUCAUCCCUGAAGACCACAAACCUGGAACGUUUCCCAAAGCCCUCUCCAAUAGCAAUUUUGCACCACCAAAGAGUAGUUCGGUCAACUGGAGAACGGGAAGCUUCCACGGACACGGACAUCUUUCUCUCCGGCGUGAGAACAGUUCUGACAGCUCCAAAGAUAUGAGCAUAGGAAGGAGACGCAACUCCUCCAGUUCGGUGUGCAGUCGGCUCAGCAUUUAUGACAACGUGCCAGGUUCCAUAUUGUAUUCCAGCACAGGAAAUCUGGCCGAUCUGGAGAAUGAGGACCUCUUUCCUGAACUCGACGACAUCCUGUAUCACGUGAAAGGCAUGCAGAAAAUUGUGAACCAGUGGUCAGAGAAAUUUUCUGAUGAAGGGGACUCUGAUUCAGCUUUGGACUCCAUUUCUCCCUGCCCUUCGUCCCCCAAGCAAAUCCUGCUAGAUGUGGACAAUGAUAGGACCAUCCCUAGUGACCUGGACAGCACGGGAAAUUCAUUGAAUGAAACAGAGGAGGCUGUAGGAAUCCCGGAGAGAAGGGAUUCUGGGGUUGGGGCAUCACUGACUCGCUCCAACAGGCAAAGAAUGAGGUGGCAUAGCUUUCAGAGUUCCCAUCGACCCAGCUUGAGUUCAGUUGCCUUACAGAUUGACUGCCAGUCCGUUGCGCAGAUGAACUUGCUGCAGAAGUAUUCCCUUCUGAAAUUAACUGCACUCUUGGAGAAAUACACACCUUCCAACAAACAUGGUUUCAGCUGGGCUGUGCCAAAGUUUAUGAAAAGGAUAAAAGUCCCAGAUUAUAAAGACCGAAAUGUGUUUGGCGUUCCCCUAAUAGUUAAUGUCCAACGUACCGGACAACCUCUUCCGCAGAACAUACAACAGGCGAUGAGAUACCUUCGUAACAACUGUUUGGAUCAGGUUGGCCUUUUCCGAAAAUCUGGAGUGAAGUCAAGAAUCCAGGCGUUACGACAAAUGAAUGAGAACGCAAUAGGCAAAGUGAAUUAUGAAGGCCAGUCUGCUUACGACGUGGCCGACAUGCUCAAACAGUAUUUCCGCAACCUGUCGGAACCUCUCAUGACCAACAAACUUUCAGAGACGUUCUUACAGAUCUACCAGUAUGUGCCAAAAGACCAGCGCCUCCAGGCAAUCAAGGCGGCCAUUAUGCUUCUACCAGAUGAGAACCGAGAAGUCCUACAGAUUCUUCUGUAUUUUCUGAGUGACGUCACAGCUGCUGUGAAAGAAAACCAGAUGACGCCAACAAAUCUGGCGGUGUGUUUAGCGCCUUCUCUUUUCCACCUGAACACCCUUAAAAGAGAAAAUUCAUCUCCAAGGGUAAUGCAAAGGAAACAGAGUCUGGGCAAACCAGAUCAGAAAGACCUAAAUGAGAAUUUGGCUGCAACUCAAGGCUUAGGCCACAUGAUUGCUGAGUGUAAGAAGCUUUUCCAGAUCCCAGAAGAAAUGAGCAGAUGUCGGAAUUCUUAUACAGAACAAGAUCUUAGACCUCUCAGCUUUGAGGACUUGGGACAAACUAACAACUCGGAGUUUGCCGGUUAUCAUUCUUACAUCCAGGACUGUAUGGAUGAUUUUUUCAAGGAAAUAAAGGAUAAAUUUAAGGGGUGGGUCAGUUGUCCCACCCCAGAACCAGCAGAACUUGCCUAUAAAAAGGUUUGUGACGGUCCACCUCUACGGCUGUGGAAAUCCGUGGUUGAAAUCCCCGCGACGCCUGAAGAAGUAUUAAACCGUAUCGUUAAAGAACAGCAUCUUUGGGAUGAAGAUCUUUUAGAUGCUAAAGUCAUUGAGACUUUGGAUAGCCAGACUGAUGUUUACCAAUUUGUACAAAACAAUAUGGCGCCACACCCAGCAAGAGACUGUGUCAUCCUCAGGACUUGGAGGACCAAUCUCUCUAAGGGAGCAUGCGCGCUCUUAAGUUUCUCAGUGGAACAUGACCGUGCGCCCGUCCUUGGUAUUAGAGUGAAUGUGCUGUUGUCCAGAUAUCUUAUUGAACCUUGCGGGAUAGGAAAAUCCAAACUCACCUAUAUGUGUCGAAUUGAUUUAAGGGGACAUAAGCCUGACUGGUACACAAAAGCAUUUGGGCACUUGUGUGCAGCGGAGGUUGUGAGGAUUAGAGACUCUUUCCUUAAUCAAAAUCUUGAAGCUAAGGAAGCAACAUCCAGGUGAUGGAUCAAGGGGACCAGCACAGCACCGGCCUGUCUAAAGAUUUUCGGGGAAGGUUGAUUAUCCACCCUAGGACGGAUCAUAUAUCCAGUAGAUCCUGAAGAGAAACUUUCUGGAAUGGGUUUGAGAUUGUCCCUCAGGGACAAUCCCUAGCGUUUUUUAAAGCUGCUUUUUUUGUCUGUGUUAGGCCUAUAGUGUAGGUCUUAACUGGAAAAUUAUGGAUGGUGCAACUUUUGUUGUUGUUUUUUUUAAAGGUAAGAUUAAUGUUCGCUUAGGUGCUGUGAAUUGCUUCUGAGAAGCAAAGCUCUAAGACUUAAAAUAUAUUUCUGAAAUACAGUGAAAAUUAUUCAUUCCUAUAUUAUGUUAGCUUUAUGUAUGUACCUGUACGUCGUUUGUUGAGGGACUGCUGCAGCCACUGGAUUUGGUGUUGUUCCUCAGUGGAUUUUCACGAGAGUAAGUGAAGGAAGGUUUGCACGAAGGCAGAGGUGUGAAUGAUUGUCUUAAGUUGUUGACUGGAGUAUGAAGAGCCAAAAUGGCAGAAUCAGAGUGUCUGGUACACUUGGAAGGCAUUGGGAAGAAUUUAGCAGGUGGGAAGAGAAUCGGCUUAGAAUCUGACUGAGAGACCCAUUACAACAGAGAUCUUCAAACUUGGCAGCUUUAAGACUUGAGGACAUUCAACUCCCAGAAUUCUCCAGCCAGCUAUAGCUGGCUGGAGAAUUCUGGGAGUUGAAGUCCUCAAGUCUUAAAGCUGCCAAGUUGGAAGACCUCUGCAUUACAAACUUCAACUCUUCAUUCCUCUUGAGUUCUUAUUACUCACGUGUGUAUCUAAAAAUUGAAAAGUGUUGGGCUACAUCAGCCAGGGCAAAGAAUGGUGAAAAGCAGAACACUUGAAACUUAUUUAAAAAUGCCAGAUAUAUUUCAGUGUGUGUCUUUUGUAUGGUGAUAAUUUUGUAUGUGCUCCCAGUUGAAAGGUUUCAGCUUUUCAUAGCUGCCACAUAAGAAUACUGGCCACGUAAGAAUAACCGGCCACAUUUGCCACGCUCAGACCUUAUAUUGUUUGGAAUACUUUCUUAACAAUCUGUAAAGAGCAUCUCAAGAAAAUGUGAAUGAAGUCACUUUUCCUACCGCCUAUUUCUUUUAGUAUCCGUUCAUAAACAACAUCUUGGUUUAAUUGACAUAGGAAUAAAUGCUUGUCGUUUGACAGCAGGGCCGAAACUGCUUUCCGUAGCUGAAAAGGGCAACACUGUAAAAUUCCAUAACUGGAACAUUAUAAAGUUCUAAAGUGUUUCCGCAUAGCAGAUACUCCUAGGAGUUAAACAUAUUCAUAUAACCCAUUCCAUUCUUGUAACCAUAUAACCUCAUUUAUCGACAAGGUUUGGAGGAAAAUAUAUCCCCCAAAGUUAGAAGCAGUGUAGUUGGGUAAAAACGAAUAUUCGUGCCACAAAAUUAUAGGACAUGGUGCAAAGAACUGCAGGUUAAGAUAAACAGAUUAAAAUGAUCAAGAGUUCUAUGGUGAAUUUUGUAUAAGACAUCCCAGAAGUAUAAGCUAGAGCAGAGCCGUGAUAGCAAUAAUAAAUGAAAAUAGGAAAAUACAUGUAGGAUGUUGUCAUUUUACCAGUCUAAAAACUACAGAUUAACUGUCCAAUGUUUGGGGGGGAAUGGAGAAGAGUCAAAUUAUUAUUUUGCAUGUAAUAUUUGUCAACAGUUUCUGCACAUCUUAAUGAGCAUUAUUAGUAAGGAAUCUUUUAAAAAAGCCUUUAGAGAAUGACACUGUUUCAGUGAUAGGUUUUACUGUAAAAACAACAAAGCACAGGGAAGAUAAAUACCGUCCUUCCUCCUUGUUUCAGAAUAUAUGUAUUUUAUUGCAAUGCGUUGGCGGAUGUGAAGAAUAGAAAAUCAUUGUAAUCCAUGCUGUUAAAUAACAUUGCUGUCGUGUAAUUCAAGGGUAAAAAACCUGCCCCAAAAGCAAGACACUUCAUGUCUUGUUGUGAAUCCAUCCCUCACCCUUUCCAAAUCUGCUGUGGUGCCCCACGACAAAAAUUACACUUUGAUUGGCGGAUGUACGACUCAGGUGUGAAUGCUAUGAAAUAAAAAGAAAGGUGGUUUAUCUGUAUAUUUGGAAUAAAAUCAUUGUAUAGAUCCAUUUGAAUAACUAAAACCAGCCCCUUACAGCUGUAAAUUACUGCCAAGAUGUAUGUUGUCACCAAAGAUUAGGUGAAAUUAGCAGUUGGCGUGCUUUGUUCAUUCAGACAAGACCUGUGCGAUUUUCACCUGGUCUUCUUUCCCAGCCUUGGGAUUGUGGCACAUUUAGAAGAAGCUCUUAGAUACCAUUGUCAGUAUUAUUAUUAUUUUCAUAGAGUGUUUGAGAUUACUUUUGAGAGUAUUGGGAAGAGCUCUUCCUAAUUCUGCACCUGUACUAAUGCCUUGGGUUACUUUAUUUUCCCUCUGUGUUCAAUCUAUAAGCAGUGUUAUCUCAAGAGAGGGACUAUAUCCGUGAUGGCAAACCUAUGGCACGCGUGCCAGAGGUGGCACGCAGCGCCCUCUCUGUGGGCACAUGAGCCGUCGUCCCAGUUCAGCUCUGCCAUGCAUGCACGCGCGCCUCCUGCCGGCCAGCUGGUCUUCAGGUCUUCGCCACGCAUGUGCGGGGGCCCAUGCACGCAUGCACUGGGGGUGGGGCGCAUGCACUUUGGGCACUCGGUCCAGAAAAGGUUAACCAUCCCUGGACUAUAUGGUAGGUUAGAAUUCUUCCUUGUAUCUGUUUCAGAAAACAGUGUCCUUCAUGAACUUCCUUUUGUUGGGACAAAAGCGCUGCUCUGUUCAAACAAAUAAAUUAUAUUUUCAAGGGACACCAUAACCGGAAUCAAAAAUAGACUGGUACUGACUUUUCAGGGAAACGGGAAGGGGGAGUGCAAUGGGGAUGAGGCAGGAAGUGUUCUAGGUCGUAUCUUCCCAUUACAGGUAGUCCUUGACUUACAAACAAAGUUGUGUCUGCCAAUUACAGUUGUAAACCGCAAGUGAUGGGACCUGGGAGUCAUAUAGCAAAUGCUGCAGGCGUUAAGCGAAUCUAUUGUUCUCUGUGGGCAAUUUUUUUUCUGGAAACUGCAAGUAACUUCCUGUUUCCAGAAAAAAAGUCAUAAAUUACAGUCACGUGACUACGGGACACUGCAAACAGCCAUGUGGCCGACUGCCCAAAACGCGGUCACGUGACCAGGGACAGCCAUUGGAACUUCAGAACUGGGUCGUAAGUAUCUUUUUGGGGGGGGAUCCAUGGUAACUUCGUAUAAUGGCUAAGCAACCAGUUGUAAGUUGAGGACUACCUGCUUUCCAAAUGUCUUGUACUUCAAACGUGAAGCGUAGUCUUUGGCUGUAAUCUGAUGCCCUUCAAUUGCCAUUUGCAUCUGGAGGGCAACCGGUGAAUAAAGACAGCCUUAUUCCUAGCUAAAAACCCUGGCAGUCAUUCCACUGAUGUCCUUGUAAAAUGUGUUGCCAGGUGGAGGUUUUAGGUAUUGUGCCAUUUACAGUUCUCAUCAAUAGGUGAAUUGUGUAUUCUUUGUAUGCUUUUCGUUUCUUUAAAUAUGUAAAAAAACAAACAAACACGUAUGUUGUACAUACCAUUCUGAUGUAAACGUGUUCACACUUUAUUGUCCAGCAUAGAUUAAAGCAUGGAGAUAAUUAUUUAAGAUAUGCUUGUAUUUAUACCUCAGAUAUUCUUUGAAGGAGAGGCAGGGUGUUUGUAUCUCAAGUUUGGCUGUCCUUUCCUCCAGUGUAAAUAUGUUCUACACAACUGAAGAAAGAAAGAAAAAGAUAAAAGAAGAAAAGGUUUAUAGCUUGCUAUUAUAUGCCCGUACAGAACAUAGUCAAUAAAUGCACUAUUAAGUGUU